AUCCAGUGGCUUAGCUCUCUCCACAAUCCUUAGUGACCUUUAUAGGUGUAGCUCCAGUGGAAUAUUAGCCUUGGAAGUUAGUAUGACGUGGGAGCAUGCUGGAUCAAGUAUGUGUUUUGAAUUCUCGGUUUCAAAACGUGUGAAUGCAUCUGUCUACCAGACUAAGGGCCAGGAGAUGCAGGAGUCUGAAGUCCAUGAGAGAGGAAAUGAUCCAUGCAAAUGCAGUCACUCCUCUGUUUGCAACUAGAUGGAAACUGUCUCCACUGCCAGUAAAGAUGAUUUCAGAAAAGAUGAUUGAAAAACUUGCUAGUUGCAAUUUUCAUUUUCUUUUUCCCAGAGAGCAGCAGGAGAGACAGUUGACAUUUGAGCUGUCUCUGAACUGCCCCUGUCCCUAAUUGGAGUUGAGCGCUCACAGGGAACCACAGACCUGCUCCUUAGCUGGUUUUCUUUUCACAAAAUCUUUCAGCCAUAGAAAAUGAACAAAAGCAGGGCUCCCCAGCCAGCCCAGCCAGACAUCCCAGCUGCCAGAAUAGGUGCUUGGGAGCGGCUCAGGGGCGCAAAGCACAGCCUUGCUCUGUUGAAGCCAGGUACUGUCCUGGGCAAUUGGCUCCAGGCUCAGCUCAGGAGGCGACCGCCUGGAGCUACAGGCACCUGAGGCAAGGAAUGCCUGAAGGAAAGGGGCCAGGUCCUGCUCACCCCUCGUGAGCUACUUGCCCCUGACAUCCCCGAUGCUCCUGUUGAGCCUGGGUCCUUGGCGAAGCUUCCUCUUUUAGCUGCACCACCGCCAGGUGCCUGUGACCGCCAGGUGGCUGCUUUCCUUUCCGCGCCAUAUAUGGCCUGGCAGGGGGGGUCACAUGCAUCCUGGGCCGCCGGCCGGGAGGGGUCGCUGGGGAAGGGGCAGACGGCGGGAGAAAAAAGGAGGGGGUCGGAGGCAGAGACAGGAGAGGGGUGGGGUGGCGGAUUCUGGGGCCAUGGGAGGCAGCAAAGGCUCGAGGAGCCAAGCGCUCCCCACCGCGCCAUGGAGCUGCACUCAUGCUGCUGCGGAGGUGGUGGUGGAGGAAGGGACCCGCGCGGGGGGCGGGGGGGGGGCGAACGCGUCGGAAGCCAGAGAGCGCUGUGUCCCUGGGCUCUGUCGGUCAGCGGGCGUAGGCCGGCAGGAUGGAGCCGCAGCACGUGCGCCCCGUGCUUGGAUCCCAGAGCCCAGCCUGGGAGGAAAUGGGGCUGCUGGUGUACCACCAUCAUCCCCAACACUCCUGUUCAGAAGAUGGGUGGGGAAAGUGGAAAGUCUAAUCAGUCAGCCGAUGACCAGUGGGAAAAAUGAGCUACAAGAUCACCUGAUCUUCAUCAGUGAGAAAGCUUUGCACAAGAGGUUCUGUUGUUAUGUUAUAAAGAACUCAAGUAGAUAACCUUCAUAAGAGCUAAGAACACAAUCUAAAAAUGAGGUAGAGAACUAAACACAACAUUCACAACAACGCAUCUUGAAUGGCUGAGAAGCACUGAAGAAGUGUGCAAAGUCCUUUUUUUUCAGGUAAAUGAAUAUCAAAAUGACCCUGAGGUGGUGUCCAGCGUUAUACUUUCCAGUGAAGAAUGCUAAGAUCAAAAAAACUCAUGUGAAAGCAUAUGUUGGUGAGAAUUUGAAGAAAGAGGAACAUUCUUCCAUUUCUGGUGGGACUGCAAAGUGCUAUGGCAACUCUGGAAAUCAAAAUGGAGUUCCUCAGAAAUUUUCAGAUAGAUCUACCUGAGAGCCAAGGACCAACCUUACUGGUGCAUGGCCUGCUACUUUCAGUUUUCACUUGAUGGCUUGUUACUCAGAUUUUCUUAUUGGGCUAUGACUUUGCUCUUGUCUUUCUGAUUCUCAAGCAGUUCUCUGUUCUUACACAUUGUUUUGAGGUACCUCUAGCCACUGGGACUUAUUUAUACCUUCAAAUCCCUCUAAAUUGGGGGACUUCUAAUACUUGGAGAAGCUGAGUGACAAAAGCAAAGUAUGUUGAGCCCUUUGGUGUCCAGUGCACACGAAUCUAUGGGAGUUUAGAUAUAAUAAUCCUCUAGAACAUUCUUUAGGAAAGCAGCAGUAUGCUCUCAGGACCCUGUGUGACCUCAGUUACCUUUGCCAUCUUUGUGGGCUUCUCUACUGCUGGUCUGAGAACAAUUGGAAACUCCUGGAAUAGAUGUCUCAUAUCUCA